CAGCUGCGAGGCUGGGAACCGGGCUGCUCUGAGCCGCUGCUGCUUUCGCGCAGUCCGCUCCUCCGCUGCAGAGUCGCGCCCUGAGCUCGGUCGACGAGGCUGCACACGCAGCCGGGAUCCCACCGCCCGCGACCCCAGCCUUCGUCGCCGCCGCCCGCAGGGCGCCCCAGGCCGCACCAUGGUGAAGGUGACGUUCAACUCGGCGCUGGCCCAGAAGGAGGCCAAAAAGGACGAGCCCAAGAGCAGCGAGGAGGCGCUCAUCAUCCCCCCGGAUGCGGUGGCAGUGGAUUGCAAGGACCCGGAUGAUGUGGUCCCAGUUGGACAGAGACGAGCAUGGUGCUGGUGCAUGUGCUUUGGACUGGCGUUCAUGCUCGCUGGUGUCAUCCUCGGAGGCGCAUACCUCUACAAGUAUUUUGCACUUCAGCCCGACGAUGUGUACUACUGCGGACUGAAGUAUAUCAAAGAUGAUGUCAUCUUGAACGAGCCCUCUGCAGAUGCUCCAGCUGCUCGCUAUCAGACAAUUGAAGAGAACAUUAAGAUCUUUGAGGAAGAUGAGGUUGAAUUCAUCAGUGUGCCUGUUCCAGAGUUUGCAGACAGUGACCCUGCCAACAUUGUGCAUGACUUUAACAAGAAACUCACUGCUUAUCUGGACCUUAACCUGGACAAGUGCUACGUGAUUCCUCUGAACACGUCCAUCGUUAUGCCACCCAGAAACCUGUUGGAGCUACUUAUUAACAUCAAGGCUGGAACCUACUUGCCCCAGUCAUACCUUAUUCAUGAGCACAUGGUGAUUACCGACCGCAUCGAAAACGUGGACCACCUGGGCUUCUUCAUUUAUCGACUGUGUCAUGACAAGGAAACCUACAAGCUGCAACGCAGAGAAAGUAUUAGAGGUAUUCAGAAGCGUGAAGCCAGUAACUGUUUUGCCAUUCGGCAUUUCGAGAACAGCUUUGUUGUGGAAACUUCAAUUUGUUCUUGAGCAGUCAAGAAAAGCAUGGGGAGAAAUUUAAAGCCACAGCAUAGCCCUCCCCUUGUAUUUUGUGCAGUGAUUAUUUUUUAAAGUCUUCUUUUCAUGUAAGUAGCAAACAGGGCUUCACUGUCUUUUCAUCUCAUUUAAUUCCAUUAAAACCAUUAUCUAAAAAAAAAGAAAACAACCUUUUUUCUUUCUAAGUGUGUUGUCUUUGAUACUUGAUUUAGCAAAUGUGUGGCAUCCUAGUUCUCCAUAGAGCUUACAUAUUAGGAAUAAUUUCAUUUAUCUGACCUUAUGUGUUAUUUCUGCAGUUCCGAGAGGAAGGGUUACCUAAGGAAUUGUCAUUUAUGUGUGUUAAAAGGACCACAGUGACUGACUUGUAGAUGCUCCCAGCCCUGCUCCCUUGUCUGUUAGCCUUUGAGCCCAGCUCUAAUAUUCCUUUAACUAAGCUGCAGUACUCUCGGUGUUGCAUUUAACUACUUUAGAGUAUGAUUUCACCUUGACGUCUCAACAUCCUAGGCCUCUGCUGUAAGAAUAUUUUAAACAAAUGUUUGGAACUUAAGCAACCACUCGUGUUACUGAUUUGUAUAGCCCACAUCUGUGCAAUGCAAUAUAAAUAUCGCAAAGCCAUGUGAUGAGA